ACAGAUUCGUGUUACUAAAGCUUGAUUUUUGUCUAAGAAAUGUAAAAAAAUACAAUUUCUUUUGAAAAAGUCAAAAUAACAUAAUAUUUAUUCUAAAUCUGGCAAAGUCAUCGGGGCCGCAUUUUAAGCACUUGAGGGCCGCAUGCGGCCCGCGGGCCGUAGUUUGGAGACCCCUGGUUUAAACCAUAGAUUUUACCAUCAACAACGAACACCGAAUAUUAGUUGAAAACAUGGAUUUUACCAUCAACAAAGGACCAUGGUUUGAACCAAUAUUCGUGAUUUACCUAUAAUCAGAGAAUUCCCUUUUAUUAGUAUUUUACAAACUAAAUGCCGUCGGCGAAGAAAGAAACAGCUUUCAAACGUAAACAAACAGUUUACUAUGCUCUUGCUUUCAGAAAUCCAAUGGUAGCGGCCAAGGAUAAUGUAUUUAGAAGGUUGAUUUUUAUCGCUUUUUCUGGGCGACAUUGUGGGGGACAUCUGUCACUCUCUGCAUACAAAUUUCAAUACCCCGCACCAGCCCUCCCCGAUUUUUAUACCGGAGCCCCCGGAAGAGAAAUGUCAAGUCGAGAAAUGUCAUUUUGCUCUGAACAACUUCACCUUGUCAUUUAUAACACCUUGGGUAGCGGCACACGAUUCGAUCGUAGUGGCAUAUGAUUCGACCAUAGUGGAACGCGAUUCAACCGUACUGGCACGCUAUUCAACCAUGGGUGCACGCAUUCGAUCGUAGUGGCAUGCGAUCCGAAGCAGGCGGUUUGCGAUUCGAUGCAAAUGGCACGAGAUUCGAACGUAGAUGGAAACAGGUGUAUUUAGCUGUGAUUGUGGUAUUACAGUGUUAAAUAAAGUUGUGCUGUGAUUACUGUGUGCAAAAAGUGUAUGUGCCGGUGUAAAAGUGUUUGAUUGCCGUGGAUAGUGUUGUGAACCAGAUCGCCGGAAUUUAUCGUGAAGCCGUGUAAAAAUGGCAUAAAAAAAUGCGAAUGGAUGGCAGUCUUUCGAAAAAACGCCAACAGUAUUUGGAGCAGUUGGAACGCGAAUGGCAAGCGGAGCAGCACCAACCGAAUCUUCCGGGUCCAAGCGGAGUAACGGCAGGACAGGAGCCGAAUCUCAUCAUGAAUGUUGAUGAAUCUAACGCCGGAGCGGAGCUAUGUGCGUCUGACGGCGAUAGUGGCUAUGGUGACAUGGAACGGGAAUCCGAAUUCGAUUUACAGGAGGAAAAUGAUUGGCAGGAAGACGAGGAAGAUGUGUACAUGGAAAGAGACACAAACUACCAGUUUUUUGACAACAUAUCGCUGCAGGAAGGACUUCGUUAAGUUGCCGUAACGAAAAAUCUGUCCCGAUCUACGGUCAACAUGAUUCUGGGUCUGUU